AUGCAAGAAGAUCGUCUAUUUGACAUUGUUGAUCCUAGAAUUUUGAAGGAGGGCUCUAAAAGAGGGAUCAAAGUAUUUGCUAGCCUUGCAGGAAGAUGCCUAAAUGCGAAUGGGAGGAAUUGUCCUACAAUGAGAGAGGUCACAACUGAGUUGGAGGCCAUCCAAAAGUCAGAAACAACUUAUAAUGGGGCUCAACCGAAUUAUGAAGGGGUGUAA